GCUUGUUUUUAUGGCGAAAUAUGUCAGCUCAAUAUCAACGAUUCUUAAAAGCUCUUGAAAGGUGGCCGACAGACAAAACAAAAGUUGGCAGCUCCUUGAUGAUGUCGGGAAACGCUAAACUGAUAUCAGGCACUGAAUUGGCAAAUGAAGUACGCGAAUCUUUGAAGCGGCAAAUUAAAGAUGUUAAAGCUAAACUUCCUGUUUUUACGCCUGGCUUGCGGAUUUUGCAAGUGGGUGGGCGUGAGGACUCCAACGUUUACAUUCGCAUGAAAAUCAAGGCAGCUGCAGAAAUUGGCAUUACUGCAGAACUUAUCAAGCUUCCGCGCACUGUUACCGAAAUUGACUUACUUGAGAAGAUAACAGAACUUAACUAUGAUCCUAAAGUUCAUGGAAUUAUAGUGCAAAUGCCGCUUGAUUCAGAAAGUAAAAUGGAUUCCCACAAGAUCACUGACGCGGUCUGUCCGGACAAAGAUGUCGAUGGUCUUCAUACCGUUAAUGAAGGCCGCGUCUCCAUCGGUGACACGAAUGGGUAUCUGCCUUGCACACCCGGGGGCUGCGUUGAGCUAAUCAAGCGUACGGGCGUCCAAAUUUGUGGGGCACAAGCUGUUGUUAUAGGUAGAAGUAAAAUUGUGGGUACACCAGUCUCACAGCUGUUGAAGUGGGAAAAUGCCACAGUGACUUUGUGUCACUCAAAAACUAAAAAUCUGGAACAAAUCUGUCGUUCUGCGGACAUUCUUGUUGUUGCCAUAGGUGUACCUGAAUUAGUCAAGGGAAGUUGGAUCAAACCAGGAGCUGUUGUUAUUGACUGUGGCAUUAAUAUUAAACCAGAUUCCACCAAACAAAGCGGUUCUCGAUUAGUCGGUGAUGUUCUUUUCGACGAGGCGAAACAAGUGGCUUCUUACAUAACACCAGUGCCUGGCGGUGUUGGACCUAUGACUGUAGCAAUGCUUAUGAAAAACACUGUUAGGUCUGCUUUAGUGGCUGCAGAUAAGUUAUUGCAAACAACCUGGAACAUAGCUCCGCUUACUUUGGCUAAAGUUAGACCCGUUCCUUCUGAUAUUAUUAUAGCUCGUUCGCAGAAACCCAAACAUAUCUCCAAUUUGGCAAAAGAGAUUGGACUGUUAGGCAAAGAAGUAUCGCUUUAUGGCGAUAAAAAAGCGAAAAUAUCUCUAAGUACCAUCGAUCGGUUGGAAAGCCGAUCCGACGGCUCCUACGUAGUUGUAGCUGGUAUUACUCCUACUCCUCUGGGCGAAGGUAAGAGUACAACACUGAUUGGAUUAGUUCAGGCACUUUGUGCACAUAAAAGUCGAAAUGCCAUUGCCUGCAUGCGACAACCAUCACAAGGGCCCACAUUUGGUAUUAAAGGUGGUGCUGCCGGUGGAGGAUACGCCCAAGUGAUACCCAUGGAUGAAUUCAAUUUGCAUUUAACUGGUGAUAUCCAUGCUGUUUCGGCAGCCAACAACCUACUUGCCGCUCAAUUGGACACCCGUAUAUUCCAUGAAAAUACGCAGAAGGAUACAUCUCUUUACGAUCGUCUUGUACCGCGUAUUAAAGGUCAGCGAACAUUUUCGAAAAUACAAUUGCGACGUCUGCAACGGUUGGGAAUACUCAAAACCGAUCCUGAUUCGUUGACGCCUGAAGAACAAAGCCGUUUUGCACGUCUGGAUAUCGACCCCGAUACAAUAAUGUGGGAGCGAGUCAUUGAUAUUAACGACCGGUAUUUGCGCGAAGUUACGAUUGGCCAAUCGCCCACGGAAAAACAUUUGACUCGUAAGACAUCAUUCGCUAUCUCAGUGGCUAGUGAAAUAAUGGCCGUACUAGCACUAGCAACUGAUAUGGAGGACAUGAAGCGACGGUUAUCAAACAUGGUAGUAGCUUUCGACCGCAGCAGCAAACCUGUAACUGCUGAUGACCUAGGUGUUACUGGUGCCCUUGCUGUGCUUUUAAGAGACGCUUUGGAACCUACUUUAAUGCAAACAUUAGAAGGCACACCAGUUCUGGUGCACACUGGUCCAUUCGCAAAUAUUGCUCAUGGAUGUUCCUCAAUUGUUGCUGACAAAGUUGGUCUAAAAUUAGUGGGUGAAAAGGGGUUUGUUUGUACGGAGGCAGGUUUCGGAUCAGACAUUGGCAUGGAAAAAUUUUGCAAUGUUAAAUGUCGUUCGUCAGGUCUCAAACCAAAUGCCAUGGUGCUAGUGGCUACAGUUCGGGCGCUCAAAAUGCAUGGAGGCGGGCCCGCAGUUACGUCAGGAGCGCCUCUCAAUAAACAAUAUACCGAGGAGAACUUACAAUUACUGGAGAAAGGGUUGCCAAAUCUGCUGCAACAUAUUUCCAAUGGUCAGAAAUUCGGACUCCCAGUUAUUGUUACUAUUAAUCGCCAUACUAUCUGAUGACUCGUACAGAAGCUUUACUAGACAAUAUAUGCAUGAUAUGAUGCGUGAGAGAAAGCGCUCAGAAGUAUUUUGAUGACAAACUCAAAGAGCUAGAGGACAAUUUGUUAGCUUUGACAAAGUGCCCUCCAGAAAAAAAUUAGAAAUUUCGUCAAGUCAUGAAAAACUUCAAACUCUUCUACAAACGCCACUGGCAAGCAUCUAAGGGAACUGAUAACCGCAAAACCAUGGAAAUAAGAAAACAAGUGCCUGUGGAUGAACUCUUUUAUGCAGCAGAAAUGAGUAAUCGCGCCGCAGAAAACUUAGAUGUCGCCAAAAUAAUGCACGAAAUUCAACAGUCAUCGACCAGAUCAUCAAUAUUUCGCAAACCAGCCCAAAAAAACGGCCAUGACUAAAAACGAGAGACGUAUCCUGAAAAAAAGCAUUCUGAAAUUGCACCGGAAAUAAAAUUACAAGAUUUGGUGAAUAACACAGCUACGAGGCUUUGCAAAUACAUAUUUGUACGAUGUUUUGGAGAUGUGUUCGGAAAUCGAGAAGAGUAAUUUGUCACAUUUUUACAAAUGGGGUUGGGACGGAUCACAACAAACACAGUACAAGCAACGGUUCCAAAACUAUGGUGUUAGUGACGUAAACGUUUUUAAUUAGUUUCUGGUGCCCCUAAGGUUGACAAGUGGAACAAGAAUCAUUUGGCAGAAUCCAAUCCUAUCCUCACCUAGGUUUUGUAGACCAAUCUGAGUACGAUUUACAAAGGAAAACGAAGGGCAAGCCAGAGCGUUUCAACCUACCUGCAUUGGUGAUGCUAUAAAGACAACGCAUACUUUGUUCCCCACUAUGGUAGAUGGAAAAGUCUGCAAUGCAGAGGGUCAAUUCCCGUUCUGCGUUAUCGUGAAGUGAUAAAAAUAACACCUUUACACCGCAUUUAUUUCGGUGUUAAUUUUAUACUUUUCACUUCAUUUCACGAUAACGCAGAACGGGAAUUGACCCACAGCAACACAUACGAAUUCAACUUUGAGAUGCUACAUAUGUGGCAGAACUCAAAAAACAUUCAAUGACCUCACGACUACAAGUAGCGAAAAUCCAGAGACUUUAAAAUUUGGUAAUUCGUUAUUUCAUGCUCCAAUCAGAUUCUUCGAGUUUUUGCUUAAUUUAUCUUAUAAGCUUAAGGCAAAUGUACACAAAGGCCGCCUUAACAAAGAAGAUCAGCUUCCAAUCCAAGCGGCAAAAGAGUUUAUUCAGGAGAGUUUCAUAGAUAAAAUGGGAUUUCUUGUUGAUAUUUCAAAGGCUGGUUACGGUAACACAAAUGACGGCAACACUUCUCGUCGAUUCUUCAGUGAUACAGGAGCAGCAGCUGAAAUAACCGAAAUCAAUAAAGAUCUGUAUUUUUUAAAAUA